UCGUCAUCACUAUGCAUGUUGUCGUCGUUUGACGACGCGUCCAGGGAGUGGGGGAUAUUUGAGGAGGGUCCUACGCUGCAGUGCACACCUAUAAAGAUUGAGACGACGCAGGGCCAGGUCACACUUGGUACCGAAAAUUUUCCGGAGAGUGUGGUCUGCAGUACUCGCGCUCUUCGUUCUCUUCCUUACGCUUGUUACGUUGCGCAACGACCAGAAGAGUGUGAUUCUCUGGUGAUCAGGAAGAUGAAGAAAAUACUGAUUUCGGUACUGCUGCUGGCUGUGAGCGUCACGGCCACAUACAUUCCGGAUAGCGCGCAGCAACAAAAGGAUGCAUCUCAGCUACAGGAUUGCAACAUAGGCAACUGGAACGUCAACUGCUUCUUAAUAAGGGCUAUCAUUGGCAUGCGGAAGAUGCAGCAAUCGAAGGACAUCGAGGUCGCCGACGGUGUCACUUUCGUGCAGGAAAAACCAGUGGAGGUCUCAGGAAGGCAGGUGUCCGAGAAGGACAUACUGAGUCAAUUACCGCAAAAUAAUCUAGCGAGAACGAUGCAACUCACGAACAUGUUGUGCGAUGCAGGCACCUCUUUAUUGAAUAGUCACAGUCUGAAAUUCGGCAUGUCAGUCGACCACCCCGUGGAAGAAGCACGCACCAAAAUGAAGAAGCAUAACAUUAUAUUACUGGCCAUCUUGUUCGCAAUCAAGAUUUUCUUGUUGAUGCCAAUGAUAGGCUUGUCUCUGAUAACCCUCAAGGCCUUUUUCUUCAGCAAGUUAGCUCUGUUGUCCGGCGUUGCCAUAGCGUUCCAAAAAUUCAUCAAUAAUAAUAAUGAUAGUGUCAGCAGCAGUUUUUUUAACAAGGAUUCGUACUUGUACAACAACGAUGAUGCCACGGACUGGACACCCAAUAAUUCAAACCAAGUUACCUUCCAAAACAAAGAAAGCGUGACUACGUAUGACUACGCGAGGGCGAACGAUAACUAUGAUGCCCACGAUCUGGCAUAUGUCAACUACGCAAGGAGCCACAACAAUGCUAAUUAAGUGCAACUCUUCAUUCGAUCCUCCGUGCCGAGCUGCCGGCAAGAAGAGGAAGUCGGAAGGACCUGCGAAUAUCCGACAGCCAUACGCCGCGAAGCAGAAAAGCUCCUCGGCUUUGGAAGCCAUUGGACCCACCUACGACUGUUAGAUUAGUAUCUAUUAUUACACGUAUGUAAUUUAUCGAAUUAUAGAAAAGUAUUAAUUAUUGAGAACGAUUGUAAGCAUCAAACAAUUAUCUCUUAUUUAUGUUUUAUAUAAUUAGAAUUUCUGCAAUUUAAUAAUUAAUCUACAAUAUAUAAUAAAAUUUUUAAUUUGACGCAUUUAA